UUUAUUCAAGGAAAAUUGCCCAACUUGAGAAGCUUCCACGGAGGCACCCCUAACCCUGAUAAAAGAAAAACAAAAAGGAAAACAAAGGAAAAUUAGACACCUCUAUAAUAUCUCCCUCUUUCUUUCUGCCUUCCUUCCUUUGUAUCUCUCUCUAUUCAAAGGUCAACAGCAAGUAGAAGUAGAGGAAGAAGUGAACACUCAUUUGAUUGAUUCAUGAGGUGGUGCUAGUGGUGGUGAUUGUGGUCUGUGUUUGUGUUUUCAGGAUCUUCUUGGUCAAACCAACAAAGCAAGUAUCCACCGUCAUUGUUACGAGAGCUCUCCCUUGUGAUUUAUUCUUCAGCCUCUCUCUGUCUCAGAUGACUUCGGAGAAACAAAACUCUCUCUCUCUCUCUCUCUCUCUCUCUAUCUAUCUCUAACCCUACACAAAUUAUUCUAGUGAUAUGAGAUAUGAUAUGUUAGCUUCAAUCAAAAUCCAGGUGAUCAGAAACCCCUCAACCCCAUUCACUUUUAUUUUUCAGUUUCACAUAUAUUUCUCAAUCAUCUUGUUGAUGGUCUAGGAAGAUCAGUAGAUCCAUUAAGAAGAGUUGAAUUUGGAAGGUAACAAGCAAGAAUAGAUCAUGAAUUUCAUGGCAAAAGGUAGCAGUCAAGGGUUUUAUGGGGAAGACCAGAACCAGAACCAGAUCAUGAUUAGCAAUAGUACUAGAGGUAACCUCCCUUUUUAUUCUUCCUCCUCCACUACAUCAUCAUCCUCUUCUUCAUCUCAGCCCCACAAGAACCUUGUUCCUCUUACCUUCCACCAACAACAAAACCAGCACCACCAGCACCAACACCAACCCCAACGGGGCAGCUGGUUGGAGCCUCAACAGCCAUCGGCAGAAGAGAUGACUAGUAUGAGAUGCUACACCGGAGGAGCUGGAAUGGGUAUGGAGCACAUGGACGCAUCUCCUGCUGCAACUGGAAAUAAUGGCGACCACCACCACCGCGACAAUGAUGUCAAUGGCCUACUAGAGCUAGGAGGAGGAGGAGGAGGAGGCACUAGUACUUGUGUCGGCGUUGUUAUGGAGAAAGAACAUAUGUUUGACAAAGUGGUUACGCCCAGCGAUGUCGGCAAGCUCAACCGACUUGUCAUUCCCAAACAGCACGCCGAGAAGUACUUUCCCCUUGAUUCUUCCACAAACGAGAAGGGACUCCUCUUGAAUUUCGAGGAUCGAAACGGGAAGCCGUGGCGAUUCCGAUACUCCUACUGGAAUAGCAGUCAGAGCUAUGUCAUGACCAAAGGCUGGAGCCGCUUCGUCAAAGAGAAGAAGCUUGACGCGGGAGACAUCGUCUCCUUCCAACGCGGUGUCGGUGAGUUGGGGAAAGAUCGCCUCUUCAUCGAUUGGAGGCGCCGUCCCGAUGUAUCAGUGCUUCCCCCAUCUCUUCCCUCUCUCCCGCUUUCUCAGCAGUAUUUCUCUUUCCACCGCUCCACUGCCGCAGCCAACCACCCUUGGAGUCCUCUCUUAUUGCAACAGACUCAGGCGGCACCUACUUCGCGGCGGGACCACUCCCUCUUCCAGCACAUUAACGCAACCAAUUAUCAACAACCCCACUCCACUAACUAUGGCUACAGCUACAGCGGCAGUGGCGGUGGUGGUGGUCCUUACAGUUACAAUUACAACAGCGUGGUGAACCCUUGUUCCAGCUCCGUAAUUUACCUCCGAUCCGCGGCAGGAGCUGCUUCUGCCCCACAACAGGCUGGAAUGGUGCAAUUGCAAAGUGGUUUUGGUGGUGGUGGUGGUGGUAACAGUGAGAGUGAAGUUGAGCCUAUGGUAUUCGAGUCGGUACCGGUGGUCCAUGGACAAGCUGCAGCAAAGCGACUGAGGCUGUUUGGCGUGAACAUGGAUUGCCCCAUGUCGGAAUCGGAUCAGGAAUGUGACAUAUUGUCAUCAACCACCGUACCCCAUCCCCAUGCUACAAUGGCAUCUCAUCUUUCUUCAUCUCCCAUCCAACAUCCCCUCCAAUUAAGGCUAUACAGUGGCAGCCCAUUGCCACCACUGCACACUACAGAUUCCGACUCCUCCGACUUGCUCGACAAAGGCAAGUCAUCAGAUAUGUCCUUUGAUUUCGAUUUUUGAAUCUCUCCGCAUGUAGGAGAGACGCACAAGACCACACAAGAGGGGGCGCCAAUCAGCUCAUUCAUGACUCAUCAACAACCCAAAAAAAGAAGAAAAGAAAAAAAAGUGAACAUCGUGGAAAACACACAUUGGUAUGUUUGAGAUUUCACCAUAAAUUUUAAUUAAAGCUCAAGACGCAUAUGAGGGAGAGGAUUUAGACAAAGAGAAGAUGGUUCGUUUCCGCCGACUACGCCUCUAUUUAGCUUUCAUUUUCUGUACAAUAAUACAUAGAAAUAGAUACAUCUUCUAUAUAUAUAAUAUAGAUACGCAGAGAUCCAUGGUGCCAUUAAUAUUCUCCAAAUAUGUAUCCAAUAUACAUAAUCCAUGCCAUGGUUUCCACCAAGUUACUUCACUGAAUCUUGAUAUUCUUCUUUGAUUUUACCAA